CGUGGCUCGGCCUCAUUUCCCGCUCUGGUUCAGGCGCAGGAGGAAGUGUUUUGCUGGAGGAUGAUGACAGAGGUCAGGCUUCGCUAAUGGGCCAGUGAGGAGCGGUGGAGGCGAGGCCGGGCGCCCGGCACACACACAUUAACACACUUGAGCCAUCACCAAUCAGCAUAGGGAUCUGAGAAUUGCUCUCACACACCAAACCAGCAGCGUCCGUGGAGAAAAUUCUCGCCAGCAACUCCUUUAAAACACCGUCAUUUCAAACCGUUGUGGUCUUUAAGCGACGACAACAGGAAAAAAAAAAAAAAAAUCAAACAAAACUCUUGACAGGAGCUUUGACCAGAGAGGAUGCCUCAGAAAGGGGGAAGACUUUAACUAGGAGCGCGCAGAUGUGUGAGGCCUUUUAUUGUGAGAGUGGACAGACAUCCCAGAUUUCAGAGCCCCAUAUUCGAGCCCCGUGGGAUACCGCGGCCCCCAGCCAGCGCCAGCAUGCAGAACAGUCACAGCGGAGUGAAUCAGCUCGGUGGUGUCUUUGUCAACGGGCGGCCACUGCCGGACUCCACCCGGCAGAAGAUCGUAGAGCUAGCUCACAGCGGGGCCCGGCCGUGCGACAUUUCCCGAAUUCUGCAGACCCAUGCAGAUGCAAAAGUCCAAGUGCUGGACAAUCAAAACGUGUCCAACGGAUGUGUGAGUAAAAUUCUGGGCAGGUAUUACGAGACUGGCUCCAUCAGACCCAGGGCAAUCGGUGGUAGUAAACCGAGAGUAGCGACUCCAGAAGUUGUAAGCAAAAUAGCCCAGUAUAAGCGGGAGUGCCCGUCCAUCUUUGCUUGGGAAAUCCGAGACAGAUUACUGUCCGAGGGGGUCUGUACCAACGAUAACAUACCAAGUGUGUCAUCAAUAAACAGAGUUCUUCGCAACCUGGCUAGCGAAAAGCAACAGAUGGGCGCAGACGGCAUGUAUGAUAAACUAAGGAUGUUGAAUGGGCAGACCGGAAGCUGGGGCACCCGCCCGGGUUGGUAUCCGGGAACAUCAGUGCCAGGGCAACCUACGCAAGAUGGCUGCCAGCAGCAGGAAGGAGGGGGAGAGAAUACCAACUCCAUCAGUUCCAAUGGAGAAGAUUCAGAUGAGGCCCAAAUGCGACUUCAGCUGAAGCGGAAGCUGCAAAGAAAUAGAACAUCCUUUACCCAAGAGCAAAUUGAGGCCCUGGAGAAAGAGUUUGAGAGAACCCAUUAUCCAGAUGUGUUUGCCCGAGAAAGACUAGCGGCCAAAAUAGAUCUACCUGAAGCGAGAAUACAGGUAUGGUUUUCUAAUCGAAGGGCCAAAUGGAGAAGAGAAGAAAAGCUGAGGAAUCAGAGAAGGCAAGCCAGCAACACACCUAGUCAUAUUCCUAUCAGCAGUAGUUUCAGCACCAGUGUCUACCAACCAAUCCCACAACCCACCACACCUGUUUCCUCCUUCACCUCUGGCUCCAUGUUGGGCCGAACAGACACAGCCCUCACAAACACAUACAGUGCUCUGCCGCCCAUGCCCAGCUUCACCAUGGCGAAUAAUCUGCCUAUGCAACCCCCAGUCCCUAGCCAGACCUCCUCGUACUCCUGCAUGCUGCCCACCAGCCCUUCGGUGAACGGGCGGAGUUAUGAUACCUACACCCCCCCACAUAUGCAGACACACAUGAACAGCCAGCCAAUGGGUACCUCGGGCGCCACUUCCACAGGACUCAUUUCCCCUGGUGUGUCAGUUCCAGUUCAAGUUCCUGGAAGUGAACCUGAUAUGUCUCAAUAUUGGCCGAGAUUACAGUAAAAAAAAAAAAAAAUCAAAAAAACAAAAAGAAUAUAUUGUGUUAAUUCAGUCAGUGACUAUGUGGACACAGCAGUUGGGCGAUCAGGAAGGAAAGAAAAAUGGCUGUUAGAAGCACUUCAGUUCUGCAGUUGUGUCCUGUGUUGUACCACUGGGGAAUGGACUUGAAAACAAGGACCUUUGUAUACAGAAGGCACGAUGUCAGUUGGAACAAAUCUUCAUUUUGGUAUCCAAACUUUUAUUCAUUUUGGUGUAUUAUUUGUAAAUGGGCAUUUGUAUGUUAUAAUGAAAAAAGAACAACGUAGACUGGAUGGAUGUUUGAUCUCUGUUGAUCAUGAAGUUGUUUAAAAAAAAAAAGGAAAUCAUGAUCAACAAGCUUUGCCACGAAUUUAAGAGUUUUAUCAAGAUAUAUGGAAUACUUCUACCCAUCUGUUCAUAGUUUAUGGACUGAUGUUCCACGUUUGUAUCAUUCCUUUGCAUAUAAUUAAACCUGGAACAACAUGCACUAGAUUUAUGUAAGAAAUAUCUGUUGGUUUUCCAAAGGUUGUUAACAGAUGAAGUUUAUGUGCAAAAAAAAGGGUAAGAUAUAAAUUCAAGGAAGAAAAAAGUUGAUAGCUGAAAGGUAGAGUGUGUCUUUGAUAUAAUCCAAUUUGUUUUAUGUCAAAAUGUAAGUAUUUGUCUUCCCUAGAAAUCCUCAGAAUGAUUUCUAUAAUAAAGUUAAUUUCAUUUAUAUUUGACAAGAAUACUCUAUAGAUGUUUUAUACACAUUUUCAUGCAAUCAUAAGUUUCUUUUUUGGCCAGCAAAAGUUAAUUGUUCUUAGAUAUAGUUGUAUUACUGUUCACAG